GCUCCAAACUUGCAAAGAUAAAUUCUAAUGCAGUGCGAGCUCAUUUCUAGGGUUUUGUAUACUUCUCUUCCUGCGUAUCUCUCAAUCGAUCGAGCGUUUCAUUUGAUUCUAAUCGAAUAAUUGGAGCUCGCUCUUCGUAAUACUUUUUGGGGGGAAGAUGGAGCUUCUUACUUGCUUGGUGUUUCCUUUUCGUGGUCGAGAAAAUUGAUUUGAAGUAUGGACUUGUGAUUCCGCGUAACACCGUGUUGCAGAAAAGUAAACAUUUGUGUAAGUUGAGGCACAUAUUAGAUAAAAAAGAAUUAUGGAGGUACAAACGAGUGGUAGACCAAUUGAUUCAUUGCUAGAGAAGGUCCUGUGUAUGAAUAUCCUCUCUUCAGAUUACUUCAAGGAGCUGUAUCGUUUGAAGACUUACCAUGAAGUGAUUGAUGAAAUCUACAAUCAAGUUGAUCACGUGGAGCCAUGGAUGACCGGAAACUGCCGUGGUCCUUCAACAGCAUUUUGUCUUCUGUACAAGUUCUUCACCAUGAAACUCACUGUCAAACAAAUGCAUGGUCUCUUAAAGCACACAGAUUCUCCUUAUAUAAGGGCGAUUGGAUUUCUGUACUUGAGAUAUGCUGCGGAUCCUAAGACCUUAUGGAGUUGGUGUGAGCCAUAUGUUAAAGAUGAUGAGGAAUUUUCUCCAGGAUCAAAUGGGCGAAUGACCACAAUGGGUGUGUAUGUGCGCGAUUUGCUUCUUGGACAGUACUAUUUUGAUACUCUCUUUCCUAGAAUUCCCGUCCCAGUUCUGCGGCAGAUUGUUGCUAAUCUUGAAAAGAUGAAGCUUCCUUCCAAGCAUUCUGGUGUGACAGGGGAUACGACUCGUCAUGGGUCUGAGGAGACUGCUCGACGACCACCUUCUGUGAAAGCUUCUCUUUCUGUGUCUUUCGGUCAGAGGGCUCCUCAUCGAGCAUCGACUAGAGAUUCCUCCCCUGUUCGUCGCACCUUACCAGUACCUCCUUAUGAAAAAGGUGGUGGCGAUGAUCUGCGAAGAUCUCCUAGCCGUCGCAGCCAGAGCCGUGAUGAUCGAGAAUAUCCAGAGAGGGACACACAAUUGGAUAGAGACCGAGAUAGGGAUCGCGAUAGAGAGAGACAUCGCAGUGAACGUGAUCGAGAAAGGGAGAGGGAUCGCGACUAUGGCCGUGAUCGAGAUCGUGAAAGGGAACGAGACCGAGAAAGAGAUAGGGACAGGGAUCGUGCACGUGAUACAUAUCGGGAUCGAGAUAGAGAGAGAUUGAGGGAUCGCGAUCGAGAACGGGACAGGCGUGAUUCGGACCGUAGAUCCAGGUAUGCAGAGAGAGAAACCAGAGCGGAUUAUGAGAAGCGCAGCAGGGAUUCUCGGAGGAGCAGGAGCCGGAGUCGAAGUCGGAGCAGAAGCCUGAGUCAGAGUUUGCGAGAUGGCAGCGCACAUCUUGACCGUAAUCAUCACAGUCCACAGAAAGACGGAGUCAAGGAGAAGACCACUGCAUCUCUGAAUCUAGCCAAGCUGAGGGAUCUGUACGGCGACGCAAGCGAUCAGAAAGGAGGUUCUACUAUGGAAAGGAUUCCAAGAGGGAAUAGUGAAGGUGAAGAAGUUAUUAGACUUGGUGGAUCGACUUGGAAGUAGA